AUGUCUGCUAAUGGCAAGCAAUCCUCCAAGAUGGCCAACGGCAUGAGUAGCCACCUCAGCGCAGGCAACCUGAACAAUGUACCUGAUGAGAGCAACCGUGGUGUUGACCGAUUUUCGCGGUCAUCCGCUGCAGACGAGCCCUACUUUGCUCGCGCGCGCAUGCAGGAUCGGUCGGAACACGCAAGCCGACUAUCAAACCAACUCAAUGCGACAGAACAAAUCAUGAAGAAGGAGAGGCAAGGAUAA